ACAAAAGGUGAAGUCAACUCAUCCGGAGAUGUUUCUUCUUCUUCUUCUUCUUCUUCUUCUUCUUCUUCUUCUUCUUGUGCAGAGCUACAUUAUGAUAACAUUUGCCGAAAGAUACAUGAGAAAGUGAUACUGAUCCAUGGCGUUCUCUGAUCCUAUAUGACCAGAGAACAACAAAAUGCUCAACCACGGAAGGUAUCCAUCCAGCUGAAGCCUGCUCAGCUGCUGCUUUGCAUGUGUUCGUCGGAAUGAUCGCAGCUGCUCAAAGCGCAAUCGCACAGUUUGCAGAUAGCAGAUACAACACAACAGGGGAGGAUGCUUGCUUGGAUGCAUGGAUAAGACAGCCUCCCCAGAAAAGACGGCGCAAAAUUUAAAGGGCAAGCAGUGAGCGCGAUAGAAGGACGUGGCUGCGGUUUCUGCAUGCAGAGUGUAAACACCAAAUCUAAUCGCUUGUCAAAGAUAAUUAUGGAUUGUGUUGGUGUAAUCAUUGCAGCUUACCAAAGGAGAUGGAUUGCUUAAUAUCCUCGUCCUUACAACCCAUAUAGUGUUACUGUUUUAGGGUCAAGAACAGUUAACUCUGGGAAGGAGAUGGUUUGUUUCUGCAUGCAUGCGCCCGUUUGUGGUGCACCCAUCUGAAAGACUAGCAGAGACCUCUCUGUGGUUUGCCAGACGAAGCAGGCAGACAAUUAACCCAAAGAUUUGGAAAGGAGAGUCCUUGGAAGGCAGGACAGAGUGGGUGAGUUGCUUGUUUCCAGAAGCAUCCAACCUUAUGAUGGUAAGUAUUAAACUCCCACUCCAAAUAAUGCAUUGAUUCAGUGUGGACCUUAAUGGAGUCAUGGGUUAGGGAAGGUGGGACUCACUUUCCAUGUGACUCCCACAUGUGUAUUAGUAGUAGGUAUUUGUGAGCCCCAAAGAUUAAUCAGCACCUUCCUCUCUCUCUCUCUCGCUCUCUCUUCCUCGUAUGUUUGUGGGGACGGAAGGAAGAUGCUUGGGAGUCAUGUUGUCAAAACCUUUAGGAUCCUGCCGAUCUCGUUCGUAAUUCUCCUUCUCCCUGCCGCCACCGGGGCUGCAUACGACUACCGCGAGGCCCUGUCGAAGAGCCUGCUCUACUUCGAGGCGCAGCGCUCCGGCCAUCUUCCUUACCACCAGCGCAUCACCUGGCGCGGUCACUCCGGCCUCACCGAUGGCCUCGAACAAGGAGUUGAUUUGGUUGGAGGAUACUACGACGCAGGAGACCACGUAAAGUUCGGCCUGCCGAUGGCUUUCACCAUAACCAUGUUGUCUUGGGGUGUCAUGGAGAACGGGGAUGCGAUCGCGGCGGCUGGGGAGUUCGAGCACUCGUUGGAGGCGAUCAAAUGGGGGACUGAUUACUUCAUCAAAGCCCACACUCACCCCAACGUCCUCUGGGCCGAGGUCGGAGACGGCGACACCGACCACUACUGUUGGCAAAGGCCAGAAGACAUGACCACGUCGAGACAAGCGUACAAGAUCGACGCGGAGCACCCGGGAUCAGAGCUAGCAGGAGAGACAGCAGCAGCCAUGGCGGCUGCGUCCAUCGUGUUCAAGAAGACCAACCCACGCUACUCUCACCUCCUACUGCGUCACGCCCAACAGCUGUUCGAGUUCGGGAACAAGUACAGAGGCCGCUACCAUCUCAGCGUGCCGGCGGCGAAGAGCUACUACCCAUCGCUGAGCGGCUACGGCGACGAGCUGCUGUGGGCGGCGCUGUGGCUCCACCGGGCGACGGGAAGAGAGUAUUACUUGCAGUACGCGGUUGACAAAGCGUACACGUUGGGCGGGGCCACAUGGGCCAUUUCAGAGUUCAGCUGGGACAUCAAAUACGCCGGCGUUCAAAUUCUUGCGUCCAAGCUGCUGAUGGAAGGAGGCGGAGGACGUGUUCAAGACCAGCAAAGAAACACACUGCAGCAGUACCGAUCUAAAGCAGAGCAUUACUUGUGCUCCUGCCUCGGCAUGAGCAGCAACGACAGCAACGUGCGCCGCACCCCUGGUGGCCUCCUCUUCGUCCGCCGGUGGAACAACAUGCAGUACGUGGCCGGCGCCGCCUUCCUCCUCAUCGUUUUCUCCGACCAGCUCGCGCUGGCCCACGAAGAUCUGCACUGUCCCCGGGGUUCGCUCAGCCCGCAGGAAGUGCUCUCCUUCGCCAAGGCCCAGUUGGACUACGUCCUCGGCUCCAACCCAAUGGGCAUCAGCUACAUGGUGGGCUUCGGGCCCCGGUACCCCACCAGGGUGCACCACCGAGCGGCUUCCACCGUGCCUUACAAGGAGGACAAGUCCUUCAUCGGCUGCGCCCAGGGCUACGACGCGUGGUUCGGCCGGCAAAUGCCGAACCCCAACGUGCUCGUCGGCGCCAUCGUCGGUGGCCCGGGCGCCAAGGACGAGUUCAGGGACGUGAGGGGGAACUACAUGCAGACGGAGGCGUGCACGUACAACACGGCGCAGAUGGUCGGAGUGUUCGCGAGGUUUUCUCAGCCGGAGAGACGAUGACAAGCUUCUGCAUGCAAACAACACACGCAGACACAUAGGAAACAGGUUUUGGUUUUUUGAGCCCUUUAUUUCCUCGUUGCCAUUUGUAGGGACGAGGAUAUGUUUUACUGGGUAUAAGACACAUUAGAGCUACAGAAACAGUGAAGGUAAAAGCAACACAGAAAGAGAGAGAGAAAGAGAGAAACAUACAAGUUUCAUGGUUCAGCAGUGAGUCCUUUGUGAGUGAUGUGAUUGAAAUGUUCUCCUGUUCUUUUCUGGUUGCAAGGUCCUGCAAGCUGAGAUACCAUACGACCAAUCUUGCAUGGCUUCGAUGGCACUCUGUCACAGAUGCCAAGCAAUGAUAGGGAUAAACAGAAUCAUUUUUUCCUUGACAACCCUCUGCCACUGGUUUUAAAUGAUGAUC